GGCGUUCAUGGCCCCGCUGACCGGGCGUGAGCUUCCAAGAGGCUGCCACUUUAGACCUCUAGCUCCGGGGCAUAAAUAGGCCCAGCUCUGGCCAGCGAGCUCAGAGCCUCAGGAAGGAAGAUCAGCCGCCAGCACCAGCCCUCAACCUGCCCAGUCCAGCCUCUGAGGCCAACCGUUCGCCAUGGGUAACCCCGGCUCCCGCCCUGGCCUUGCUCCCCGCACCCGUCCCGGUUUCGCUUGCUGCUAUCUCCUGGCUCUCUUGGCUCUGGCCUCUGCCUGCUACAUCCAGAACUGCCCCAUCGGCGGGAAGCGCUCUGCGCUGGACAUGGACGUGCGUAAGUGCCUCCCCUGUGGUCCUGGGAGCAAAGGGCGCUGCUUCGGACCCAGCAUCUGCUGUGGCGAAGAGCUAGGCUGUUAUGUGGGCACUGCCGAGACCCUGAGGUGCCAGGAAGAGAGCUACCUGCCGUCCCCGUGCCAGUCUGGCCAGAAACCCUGCGGAAGCGGAGGGCGCUGUGCCGCCAGCGGGAUCUGCUGCAGCAGCGGUGAGAGGCUGGGCACUCCUGGGUCCCUGAUCACCCCUGUGAGAGGGCGAGGGGCUCAGCCUCGUGGCCUAGGAAUCGUGAUAAACGGCCUUCCUCCCCUGAAGGCCCUUUUCCUUUCCUGACUCAUCCACCCUCUGCUCUGCCCUUUGGAGUCUUCCUCUUUAUCCUUUUCUUGGGCUCCUGGGGAAUGUAGAGUCCAUGGCUGCUCCCCUCUGAGUGAAAUACCUGCCCUCUUUCUUUUGCAGAUGGUUGUGGAUUGGACCCUGCUUGUGAUCAAGAACCCAUAUUUUCCUAGGCCUGGACAGAUCCAGACAGCUGGAGCAGCUCAUUUUCUCUCCCUCUUCUGGCUAAGUGAGAGGAAAGAGUGUGCCUUAGCCCUUGGAGCUCUGUUUUGUUUGGGAAAUUGUUCUGUUUCACUUGCCAAAUCACUGUUUCUUCAGUGAAAUGGAUAUAAAAGAUAUUUGCCAACUACUCCUAAAAA